AAUUUUCAACAGCAAAAAUGGUGGAUUAUGAAGUAACUGUGUACACCGCCAAUCGCACCGCUGCCACCACUUUCAACAAUGUCUUCCUUAAGCUGGUUGGCACAAAUGGGGAAAGUGAACGCAAGAGGCUGUUGAGCUUGAGAGGACCUUCAGCAUUUGUCAGAGGAGCUGUGGCGUCUUUUACAGUUUCCUACCCCACGUCCCUUGGAAAGCUGGUGCUGGUGGAGCUGGACAAAAAGCCUCUUUUUCUGUUCCCAGAAGAUUCUUGGUUCCCAGCCAAAGUGGAAGUGAAAUCCCCAGACGGAGAGAUUUACAACUUUCCUGUCUACCGCUGGAUCAGUGACAGCAAGGUGCACCGCUUCAGAGAGGGAACAGCCCUGAAAGGGUUCGAAGAUAGUCAUCAACUUGGCAGGUACAGCCGGGAACAGGAGCUCAAGCAGCGUCAGAAAGAUUACUGCUGGGAUGUGUAUGUGGAAGGAAUUCCUCACUGCAUUAAAGCAGACGGCCCAUUGUCUCUACCUGCUGAAGUCAGAUUCUCCUUUACCAAGCAGACUGAAUUUCUGUUCACAAAAAUCACAGGACUGGCAGAGCUGAAACUGAAGGGACUGGUUGAUAAUAAAACGAAUUGGACGAACAUUGAUGAUAUCGACAGAGUUUUUUGGUUCAAACAGACUGAUAUAUCUGGUACUGACAACUUGCAUAAAGUUAAUCCUACUAAGCUAGACAACCUUCCUGUUACUGACAAAAUGGUUUUCCCUGAUGGUUGUUGCAGCUUGGCAGAAGAAAUUAAGAAAGGCAACAUAUUCCUUUGUGACUACAAGCAAAUGGAUGGAGUGAAAACAAACACCAUUAAUGACGAGAAGCAGUACCUGAUGGCUCCACUUGUCUUGCUCCACAAAACUCCAGAUGAUAAACUCAUGCCAAUUGCUAUUCAGCUGAAGCAGAAACCAGCAGAGGACAAUCCAAUCUUCUUGCCAUCUGAUUCAGAGUACGACUGGCUGAUGGCAAAGAUUUUUGUCAGAAGUGCAGAUUUCAGUGAGCAUCAGCUCAACGUUCACCUGCUGCGCACUCACCUGCUGGCUGAGGUCUUUGCAGUGUCACUGUUGCGCAACGUGCCCAUGGUGCAUCCUCUCCACAAGCUUCUCAUACCUCACACUCGCUACACUCUGCAGAUCAACUUCUUAGCUCGGAACAGACUCAUAUCUGAGGAGGGUGUUUUCACCAAAUUUUCAGCUUCUGGAGGAGAGGGUAUGAUCACAAUUCUGAGGAGAUCGCUGUCCUCAGUAACAUACAGCUCCCUCUGCGUGCCAGAAGACAUUGCUGAGCGCGGAGUGAAGGACGUACCAAACUUCUACUACAGAGAUGAUGCACUCAGACUGUGGGACACUAUCAACAGAUUUGUGCGGGGUAUCCUGACCUACUACUACAAGACCGAUGCUGAAGUCCAGCAAGACUCUGAACUUCAAAAGUGGAUUCUGGACAUUUUUGAACAUGGAUUCCUUUCCCAGCCUUGCCCAGGAAUCCCUCAGAAACUUACCACAGUGGAUGAGCUCAUCAAGUUUGUCACCAUGGUGAUCUUCACCGGCUCAGCCCAGCAUGCUGCUGUGAACGGUGGACAGUUUGACUUUGGUAGCUGGAUGCCAAACACUCCAAUCUCCCUGCAACUGCCACCUCCCACCAAAAAAGGGGAAGCGACUGAAGAAACGAUGCUGAAAACACUGCCGGACGUCAACACCACAGUUCAGGGCAUGGCCAUCAUGUGGCUGCUCAGCCAGCAGUCCAGUGACUUUGCACCUCUUGGCCAGUACUCUGAGGACCACUUCAGUGAGGAGACUCCACGGCAGAUGAUGGCGAACUUUAAAAAGGAGCUGGCGGCGUUGAGUGCAGCAAUCAAAGAGAGAAACAAAACUCUGGAAGUGCCGUACACAUACUUGGAUCCAGAGGAGGUAGAAAACAGUGUGGCUAUUUAGGGAAGUAAGAGAAGUUUCCUCUCAGUUUUCAUAGUUGAUAAUAAUCCCACACUGAUGUGCUUCAUGUUAUUUUAGGUGUAUUAUUGGAACCUUUAUGAACAUGUUGGAGAAGGGGAAGCAGAGGGGACAUGAUAAUUCUUUU